GCGUUAAAAUAUCGAAGCAAUUUUCGCUAAAGCGUGUGAAUUUUUAGUUUAAAUCCAAUUAAAUGGUUUCGUUUUAAUUAUAUUGACUGUGAAGUGAAUAAAAUCAAUAUAAGUUUUCGUGCAGUACAAAUAUUUCACUAUUUAGUGUUAAAAUGUUGUCGAUCAUCAAUAAGGUUCUGGAAUGGUUCAAGUCUCUCUUCUGGAAGGAGGAGAUGGAGUUGACCCUUGUUGGUCUCCAGCACGCCGGGAAGACGACAUUCGUCAACGUGAUCGCCAGCGGUUCCUUCAAUGAAGACAUGAUUCCUACAGUCGGAUUCAACAUGAGAAAAAUAUCUAAAGGAUCAGUGACAAUCAAACUUUGGGAUAUAGGAGGACAGCCUAGGUUCCGAUCUAUGUGGGAAAGGUACUGCAGGGGAGUAAAUGCUAUUGUGUAUAUGGUCGAUGCUGCAGACGGAGACAAGAUAGAAGCAUCGAGAAACGAGCUACACAACCUACUCGAGAAGCCACAGUUGGCUGGAAUACCUGUGCUUGUACUGGGUAACAAGCGUGAUCUGCCCGGUGCACUAGAUGAACACGGUCUUAUCGAGAAAAUGAAUCUGAAUGCUAUUCAGGAUCGGGAGAUCUGUUGUUAUUCAAUCUCGUGUAAGGAGAAAGACAAUAUAGACAUCACCCUCCAGUGGUUGAUUCAACACAGCAAGUCGGGCGGACAGGCGCAGUAAACUCAUCCCGGUUGCAACGGUGCAGUCAAGACGGCAACACUUAAUUAUGUUUUUUUUACCGCCAAUCUUACUGUUUUAAGUUUGAUGUUAAGACAUAUUUUUCUUAUCAAAAUUUCAAGCAGCUCAAAAGUGCCAUUUUAGAAAA